AUGAAAAUCGCGUCGUACCUUUACCGCCGCAAGUCGGCACUGCUCAAAGGCCUGGUGCUCGGAUGCACCGUCUGGCUGACGGUCACCGUGCUGCUCUUCAUGGAAGACAGGCGCAUCACGCCCGCGUCCAACGACCCGUCCGCGGCCGCAACCGGCCGCCCCGGUGGUCGUCCAGCAGCAGCCCGGCGCCCGGACGUCGUCGAGGCGAUCCCAGGGUGGCGCCGCGGGGCUCCAGAACGGCGAGGGGGUCCUACCGCAGCCCAACAGGGAGGCCGACGACGGGCCGUAAAUCGUACGGCGAAAUGGGCAACCGGUCGUGUUGCCGCCAACCUGACGGCCGACGUCAGGAAGCUCGUCGACGAGGGCUGGAAGAAUAACGCGUUCAAUCAGUACGCCAGUGAUCUCAUAUCACUGCACAGAUCGUUGCCAGAUCCGAGGGACGAAUGGUGCAAAAAACCAGGCAGAUAUUUGGACAAUUUACCCCAGACAUCUGUGAUCGUGUGUUUUCAUAACGAAGCGUGGUCCGUCUUGCUGCGAACAGUGCAUUCCAUACUGGAUAGAUCGCCGGAACAUCUCAUACGGGAAAUCAUUCUAGUCGACGACUUUUCUGAUAUGCCUCAUCUCAAAACCCAACUUGAGGAGUAUUCGGAAAACUAUCCAAAAAUAAAAAUCGUCCGCGCCAAAAAAAGAGAAGGACUUAUACGAGCCAGGUUGAUGGGUGCGAGGUACGCAUCUGCACCCGUUCUCACUUAUCUCGACUCUCAUUGCGAGUGUACCGAAGGAUGGCUUGAGCCAUUGUUGGACCGAAUUGCCCGCGAAGCGUCGACUGUCGUGUGUCCGGUGAUUGACGUAAUCGACGACUCGUCGCUGGAAUUCCAUUACAGAGACGCCGGCGGCGUGAACGUGGGAGGAUUCGAUUGGAACUUGCAGUUCAAUUGGCACGUCGUACCAGACAGAGAAAAAAAGCGUCACAAGAAUGCUGCGGAACCAGUAUGGUCACCAACAAUGGCAGGUGGCCUGUUUGCCAUCGACAAAAAGUUCUUUGAGCGACUCGGUACUUAUGAUAGUGGUUUCGACAUAUGGGGAGGUGAAAACUUAGAGCUAUCAUUCAAGACGUGGAUGUGCGGUGGUACGUUGGAGAUAGUGCCAUGUUCACAUGUCGGUCAUAUAUUCAGAAAAAGAUCGCCUUACAAGUGGCGGACGGGUGUCAACGUUUUGAAAAAGAACUCCAUCCGUCUAGCCGAAGUGUGGAUGGAUGAUUACGCUAAGUACUAUUACGAACGGAUUGGCAAUGAUCUGGGUGAUUACGGUGACAUAACUUCUCGCAAAGAACUUAGAAGAAAAUUGAAGUGCAAGUCAUUCAAAUGGUAUUUGGAAAACAUAUAUCCAGAACUUUUCAUACCAGGCGAUGCUGUAGCGUCUGGAGAGGUGCGCAAUUUAGGGUACGGCAACAAAACUUGUCUGGACUCACCGGCCAGAAAGACAGACCUCAACAAACCGGCCGGACUAUAUCCCUGUCACAAAAUGGGUGGCAAUCAGUACUGGAUGCUAAGUAAGAUCGGCGAGAUCAGGAGGGACGAGUCGUGCUUGGACUACGCUGGUAGUGACGUAAUCUUAUAUCCAUGCCAUGGGUCUAAGGGCAACCAAUAUUGGAACUACAAUCAUAAAACUAAACAACUACGACACGGUAGUAGUAGAAAGUGUCUGGCCAUUAAUAGCACUAAAGACAAGCUGCUCAUGGAAGAAUGUGACUUAAUGCUGCCCAGGCAAAUGUGGCAAUUUGAAAACUAUAACGCGACGUUGGCCACCGAGGACAGUCACGUGAGGCAUUAAAGACUUCUAACGAACAAAUUACAUUAAAAUUACUUCCUAUAUUAUUAUUAUUUUGUUUUUGAUUAAUUUUUUUUUUUUUUAUUUUGAUCAAAAUUUUUCCCAUUACAAAACUUCCACGCUUCGUCGAUGGUCGUUUUGUCUUACAAUUAUUAUUAACAUGUAUACCUUUGUUCGAACAAAACGUAAGUUUGUCGCGCUCAAACAAAUCCAGCGAUUUGUAAAUAAUACGCGAUGCGUUCUUUUUUAUGUAAACUAUAUACAUAUGUAUUAUCAUUUGAAUAAUUAUUAUCUCUAUAUGUAUUAUAAACUAUACGAUUGUACUUAAACAGUAUUGUGGCUAUACGACGAACAAAACAUUCCCCCAUGACAUUUCCACCUUUUUUUUUUUUAAUUUUGUCUAAAUUAUUUUUUGUUGAUAAACAAUUUGUGUUGAUUAUUAUUAUUAUUAUUU